CCCUUUCCGCGUGGACCUUAAGUUAGUAAGAUUCCUUCACUGUCAAGUCAUUCUUUGGAAUCAAAAUUAGAUAAAUGGAUAAAUAAAAAAAUAAAAUAUCUAGUAUGAUUAACAACAGUAUAAUAAUAACCCAAUCACAGAGAAGAAAAAAAGAAUCAAUUCCAAAUACGCACCAACACCAAUUAUAUACAACAACAACAACUCGUUUCCCUUCUUCAAUUCACACUUUGCAUCGCGUUUUUUCUUGCAAUUUCAAAGGAGGAUCUCUCUUGCGUUUUCCCUAGGUUUACGCGAUGGCUUCCAAGCGGAUCUUGAAAGAACUCAAGGAUUUGCAGAAGGAUCCUCCAACUUCAUGCAGUGCUGGUCCUGUUGCUGAAGAUAUGUUUCAUUGGCAAGCAACAAUUAUGGGUCCUCCAGAUAGUCCUUAUGCUGGAGGUGUUUUCCUAGUUACUAUUCAUUUCCCUCCAGAUUAUCCCUUUAAGCCACCCAAGGUUGCAUUCAGGACGAAGGUAUUUCACCCAAACAUCAAUAGCAAUGGAAGCAUUUGCCUUGAUAUAUUAAAGGAGCAGUGGAGCCCUGCUCUAACCAUUUCCAAGGUGUUGCUCUCUAUUUGUUCCUUGCUGACGGACCCAAAUCCUGAUGAUCCUUUGGUUCCCGAAAUCGCUCAUAUGUACAAGACAGACAGGAACAAGUAUGAGUCAACUGCAAGAAGCUGGACCCAGAAAUAUGCCAUGGGCUAACAAUUAACCAUAUAUGUUGGUUGAGGGAGAGCCAUUUUUACUUAAAAGUGUUUAGGCCUAACAGCCUUUGUAUCAAAAUUUGUUGUAUUCCAUUAAGGCUCUUCUAGUUGAGAAUGAAUUGGGGAAACCAUUUCUUAUGUUGUUUGUAUUAUGCAAAAUGAAAAAUGCUACUUUUAGAACAACGAAAUAUAGCCCAAUUAAAAGUUUGUUAAAUGUAUUAUAACCAAUGUAUUAAUAGUUUCAUUAUGAACCUAAAAAUUGUUUGGCUUGUUUUAAUAUCAGCUUAUAUUCGUUUUU